CGGAAUCUCCCUCCCGUGUUUGCCGCGACAACACUAAAUCACAGACGUAUCAAUGUCUUUGGUGCAGCACGUAUCUGUCAUCGAAGGUGUAGAUCGGGAACCUGAACAUCAGGAUGAUAGCACCAUUGCGACCGCGGUGACGGGUGAGCCAUUCGCUCCGAUCCAUCGCAAGAUCAGCUACGACGUGCUCCAGCCUCCACCUGCCCCGGUCGAAAUAGUUGGGACUCCAGCCUACAAAGUUUCGACCGCAAAGCGACUGGCCCAGGUUAUCGUUACUAUACUUGCCUGUUGGUUCGCGGCAGGCGUGGUCUUCGGAUUCGCUGCCUUGAAGCCGGUUCUGGUCGCAGAAGGUGUCUAUCGAGAUUUGUGUACCGAGGACGAAUUACGCGACGGGGUCGAAGUCUGCUCCGAACAGGAUCUAAGGUUGAACCUAUUCUUUACCAUCGGCUCCAUCACAGCCAAUGUGUCUGCCCUUCCGGUCGGCACUAUCCUCGAUCGCUAUGGAUCGCGUAUCUGUGGCUUUGCAGGCUGCCUGCUACUUGCGUUUGGUAGCUCGCUGAUGGCAUACUCGUUCAACCAGCCACAGUUCGAUGGCUAUAUGGCAGGGAAUUUCUUCCUCGCACUGGGAGGUACAUUCAUCUUUGUGCCUUCUUUUCAGAUCGCAAACGCGUUUCCCAAGUAUGCAGGUACGAUCGUCGCUCUCGUUACUGGGGCCUUCGAUGCGUCUGCAGCGGUGUACCUUUUCUAUCGUCUGGUCUACGAGAUGACCGAUGGAUCCUUCAAUCCUGGGAAGUUUUUCCUGAGCUAUACCAUAGUGCCUGGCUUUAUCCUGGUCGCGUUGAUUACGCUCAUGCCUUCCCACGACUACCAGGGUACGCAUGAACUCGAAGUGAAAAUCGAAAAAGCAGAAGACGCUACCCGCGAUAUCCAUGACUCGGACGACGAUAUCGAGAGCGACACGGAGCUGCGACGUGUCCGGAGUGAGCGCGCUGAGCGACGCCGAAACAAGAUGCGCAAAAUUGCCAAGGUGCUGGGAGACAAGGGGGAGCGGAAAGAACGGGAACAACGAGAAGAGGAUCGCCAGGCUGCAAGCGCCGUCUGGGGGGCGCUCCACGGCCAACCUGCCCAUAAGCAGAUGGCCACACCGUGGUUCAUACUGAUUACCUUGAUGACGGUCUUGCAGAUGCUGCGGAUGAACUACUUCAUUGCCACCAUCCGCGCUCAGUACGCGUAUAUGCUCGAUUCGGAUGAACUCGCCGUUCAGAUCAACAGCUUCUUCGAUGUUGCCUUGCCGGUUGGCGGGAUUAUUUCCACGCCCUUCGUGGGGCUCCUCCUCGAUCACAUCAGUGUGCCGGCUGUAUUGGCUAUUAUUGUAGUUCUGACGACGGUGAUCGGUAUCCUGAACUCCAUACCUGUUCUGUGGACGGGGUACGUGACCGUCAUAUUGUUUGUUUUGCUGAGACCACUCUACUAUUCGGCCAUGUCUGACUACGCGACAAAGGUAUUUGGAUUCGCCACCUUUGGCAGAGUCUAUGGAACCAUUAUCUGCGUGUCGGGAAUGGUCAACUUUGCCCAGUAUGGGCUGGAUGCAUUGACACAUGGUCCCUUUGAUGGAAAUCCCAUACCAAUCAACAUCUUCUUUGCCAUCGCUGGCUUUAUCGUAGGGACCGCGCUGGUAUCGUUUGUGUAUGUGGCCGGGCGGCGACUACGGGCACGGGAGCAGGAAGUGGAGGAGGAUGAGGAACGACAGCGGUUGAUUCGGGAGGAGAGCGACGAAGAAGACUACGAGGAUUGA